AUCAUUUUCAAUUUUGCAAUACCAUAUAACAAUUUCAUCUAUCUUUGUUCAAAUACAGAAGUAGCAGCUAUGUCAAAAUUGUGUGACUUGCAAAUCAACAUUAAUGAUGAGGAAAUAUUUCUUUUCAACAAGAAGUUGAUAUCAAGAUAUUGUGAAAAAUUGAAGAAAAUAUUGAAUGAAGAAAAGAGAAGAUGUCAUAUGAAGAACAUGAGCAUUAUUGAUAUCAAUGAUUUCCCUUUAGGACCAUAUGGAUUUGAACUAGUUUUGAGAUUUUGUUACAACAAUGGAAAAAUCCACAUCAAUGUUUCCAAUGUUCUUAUCCUCCAAUGUUGUGCAAUUUAUCUUGAAAUGAAUGAAGAAUUCUUCAACAACAAUCUCUUGCAACAAACACACAAAUUUCUUGAAGGAAUCUAUGAUUGGAAAUGGAAUGAAAUUUUACUAAGUCUCAAAAGUUUUGAUUGUGAGAUAUUUUUUGCAUAUGCAAAUAGCUAUGGUCUUUUGGAGAAGAUUAUUUGUGCACUAUUAGCAAAGUUGUCACAAAAUUCUGAUUUUAAUUUAAUCACUUCUUCUCCUGAAAGUGAAUUUGUGAAGAGAAUCACUUUUUCUUCAAAGAUUAUUAAGUCAUCAAGUUUUUCCAACAAAGAAUGGUGGUUUGAGGAUUUGGCUACUUUAUCACCAAAGAUUAUUGAAAAGUUUCUUCAUGGUAUUGAAGCUUAUAAAAAAAAUAAUAAAAAUUUAUUUGUCACAAGAUUUUUGCUUUAUUAUAUGAAAAAAGCUACUAAUUGCAACAAAAUUAUUUGUGACUAUGCUAGUCUUGCAGAAACAGCUUCAUAUGGAGUUAUAUUUUUUGGUAACAAGAAUUUUUCAUGCAGAGGAAUUUUUUGGAUACUAAAGAUUGUGUCAAAAUUUGGAAUAAGUGAAGAUUGUAGAAUUGAAAUGGAGAAAUUGAUUGGUGGAAUGUUUGAGAAAGCAACUUUGGAUGAUUUAUUAGUUAGUGGUAAUGAAAUUGGACUUUAUUAUGAUGUUGGUUUUGUGAUAAGAUUGAUUAAAGUGUUUGUUGAAAUUAAUGGUGUUGAUUUGGAGAAAAUGAAAAAAGUUGGUGGAUUAAUUGACAAGUAUUUGAUUGAGAUAUCUCCUGAUCAGAAGCUUAAGAUCUCUAAAUUCUUAGAAGUUGCAGAAUGUUUGCCUGAUUUUGCUAGGGAUUGUUUUGAUGGGAUCUACAGAGCCAUUGACAUCUAUCUUGAGUCUCAUCCAAUGACUGCAUUUGAGGAGAGGUCAAUAUUGUGUAGAUGUCUUAAUUACAACAAAAUCACCUUUGAAGUUUGUAAAGAUCUAGCCAAGAACCCUAGAAUACCUCCAAGGAUUGCAAUGCAAGCUCUUAUUUCUCAACAAAAAAAUAUUCCAUCAUCAUGUGAGUUUGCAAUUGAUGAAUGUGAAAUUAUGAGCCCUUCCAAAAUUAUUUUGUACUAUCAAGACAAUGGUGACCAUUUCAUGGAAGAGAAAGAAGAUGUGAGAAUAAACCUAGAGAGAAUGCAAUGGAGAGUAAGAGAAUUGGAGAACUUAUGUAAGGAAAUGAAAGUUCAUAUGUCAAGGUUCACUGGCCAUAAUGUGUAGAUCUUCUAUAAAUUUAUAUGCUUCCUA